AUGCGGGGCUCCAGGCUCGCCGCCCGCACCUGGGCUCCCGCGUCGGCAAAUCAUUGGCGCCUCCAGGGGAUGCAGCGGCCGCGUGAGCGGCACGCGCAGUGCGCCGCGCUGGCACUCGCGUGGUGGCUCGCCGCUCUCGCCACGCCCGCCGUGGUCCACGCCCAAGUGAUGGCUGCCUCGCAAGUUACAUUCCUGCGAGAUUGCCAGGCCGCAUGGGGUCAGGUGUUGGCUGGGUGGACUUCGUUCAAUGGCAGACCUAUUACCUGCCAGGCUGCUACAGGCAUCGACUGCGAUACGAGCGGGAUGAUCACCCAGAUGUGA